UUUUAGAUUAAAUAGAUAUUGGAAGAGAAAGUGAAGCCCAGAUCAGAACAGAACACAGACAAACAGAGGAAGAGAGAAAGACCCAAGAUGGGCCUUUGCUUUGGUUGCUUCGGCGUAGACAAACGCAUGAGCAAGGAAGAAGAGAGAUUGGCCUCUGAAGAAGCGCGUGCCAAAGCUGCUGAAGCCGCACAGAAAAGGCAAGAGCAAUUUGAGAAUUCUGCAGCAGGACGAGCUGCUCGUGCACAGCAACAAGCAAUGGCAAAGCAAUCUGCAAACGCCAACAAAGGCGAACCAGUUCUAAAGUGGCAAAUGGGUUGAGGUUAGACAAUCUGUCUGUUGGAGUUAACUUUUUAUUACGUGUAAGUAUCGAUGACAGGUCCAACCAGAAUUCUAUGCUCUGCAUGCUUCCCUUGUUCCGAAGAUGUGAAGAUCUUUUCUGCAAUAAUUGUAUCACAAGUGCAAUUCGUUGUUUUCCAGACCAAGAAAUAGUGUUUGAUUGUAAAUUUGUAAAUACAUCGUGGUGAACGGAAACGGGGAUAAGUUGAGAUGGUAGUUUCAUUUGAUUUUUCUUACCAUCCAUUGCAUGACAUUUCAGCAACUCCAUUUACUUAACCAGCUUUAAGAACCUUACAUAUACGAAUGAGUGAAGUGUAGCCCUUAAAAUGAUAACUCUAAUAUUUAUUUUGCACGA